AACAUGUUUCCUCGGUUCAGAGAAACUAAUUAGUGAUAACAGAGGAAGUGCAUUCUGUGAAAACAUCACUACAUCUUUUGGAAUCUAGGCUACUUAAAAGUAUGGAUACAUAGAAGAAAGAUUUAACAAGGGGGGAAGUAAAAGUAGAAGUAAAUAAAUGGUGCAAUGCUUAAAUCUUAAAUCUAAAACCAUGCCAUAUACUUAAUCCCAUGCCAUGAAUUAAUAUUUAUUGCUUUGUUGUCAUCACUUGGUACAGUGGUAUACUCUGUUUUUGGUGUAUAUGGUAAUAUUUUAAGUUUAUUAAAUAAAUGCAAGGUUUUUUUUUUCAUUGAUUUUUAUAUAUAAAUGUUGAUUUGACCGCGCUACUAAUUAAUGCAGUGCAAAUGAAAAUAAUUGGUGAUGUGCAAAUGUUUUAAUACAUCAAACAUGUUUAUUCGCCCAUUUUUCUUAAUGAAUACAGGGUCGAUUCAACCUGCUGUAUGCGCUCUUGAGGCCUCGACACACGUUUUUCCACCAUCGCAGACACAUGAAAAUGACCCGAUUUGUGGAAAUCACGGGUUAAACCUUUCAACCAUUAUCACCCAAGAAAAAAGAAGUAUGGGGUUGAGCCGUUUAUUACGGGCUUUUCAGCUACGUUUAAACAGUAAAAUCAUUUUAUUAAACGAACAGAUUAUAAAUAAGGUAAAUGCACAAAUCUCAGAACGGUUUAAAAAUCACUGCUAGAAAAAAAAACUGAACAGGCCUUAUCUUACAUCAAGUGAUGCGUUCCCAUCAAAAAUAGUAUGCUUUUGUCGGCUGUUGGGGUGUGUUACGGUGGACAUUAUUACGUCCGUCUAAUUGGAUUAAGCGCCAGUGAUCGCUGGAGGAUUGAAGACUGUAGAGUGAGAGGUUGUUGUGCUGUUCUCUACGUCCAUUCAUACAGGCACCAGCAUGAAGGAUCCGCAGCUACCAGGUACCAAAGCACUAAACGUCUGGGCGAAGCGACAUGGGAAAAAGGGAAAGAACGAGCCAGCGGCCCAACCGGCCCAGAAGGAAGCGGAAACACGCAAGGCUCCGGCGCUGACCCCCGAGCAACGAGCGAAGCAGACGGCCUUCGAGAGGGUCCUGUAUGACAUGUCCAACAACGAGCAGGUCAUCGCUGACAUAAUGCUGGGCCGCAGGAUUGCUUUCUAUGAACUCAGAGGAGAAAUCGGGACCGGGAAUUUCUCCCAGGUCAAACUGGGCGUUCACGCUUUGACUAAAGAGCGCGUCGCAGUAAAAAUUCUCAAUAAGGCGCGCCUCGACAAGAAGUCGCAGAACCUUUUCGCCUCAGAGAUCGUCUGCAUGGAGAAACUCUCCCACCCCAACAUCGUGCGUCUGUACGAGGUGCUUGAGACCGGUAAGCAUUUGUACCUCGCGAUGGAGUACGGCAGCGGAGGGGACCUGUUCUCUCGCAUCACCAGCAGGGGGCGCCUGUCGGACCUUGAAAGCAAGCUCGUCUUCGCCCAGAUCAUCUCUGCCAUCAAAUACAUGCAUGAAAGCAACGUCGUCCAUCGCGACCUGAAAGCCGAAAACGUUUUUUACACCACGUGCUACUGCAUCAAAGUGGGCGACUUCGGUUUCAGCGUGGUCAGCGAGCCGGGCGAAACUCUCAACACGUUUUGCGGCUCCCCGCCGUACGCGGCCCCCGAGCUGUUCAGAGACAAAAGCUACGUGGGGCGCCACGUGGACGUCUGGGCGCUGGGCGUCCUGCUCUACUUCAUGGUGACCGCCACGAUGCCUUUCUACGCCGACAACUUAGGCCGCCUGAAACGCUGCAUCCUGCAGGGGGCGUACAGCAUCCCUCCCUACGUCCCCGACUCCUGCCAGCUGGCCAUCAAAGGCAUGCUGAGGCCGGUGCCUGUGGACCGCACCGCGGUGUCACAGCUGAUGGCGUGCUCCUGGCUGAGGGGCGUCGAAUACCCCAAACCCUAUCCUGCGUUCAGCGCGACGCCCAACUUCCUGGCUGACCCCGCGAAGAGCCUGUGCGUGGAGGAACGGGAAGUGAAGUCGGCCCUGAACGAGCUGGGCAUCAGUGGCACGCACCUGCAGAAUAACACCUGCACUGACUGCCGCAGCCCGAUAACAGGGAUCUACCGUAUCCUGCUGCACCGCAUCCAGAAGAGGAGAUCCGUGGAAGCCGUGGGAUAUUCCGGCCUGUACCCGGAGGAUUUCGGCACUAAGGCGUACUGGGCCAACAACGCGACUGCUAAACACAAUCCUUCCGCGGUGUGCAACGUCUUAUGAAGAGCUCUUUUUAAUGGCUCGUGGAUGGAAGCAAUGCUUGGGGAAGUAAUGAACUGACGUGUAUGAAAUUGUGCCGAUUUGAUUACGAAUCCCAGCGCACCAGAGUCGAUUACCGAGAACAUUUGAUCAUGUUUUUUGUCAAAUCUGUUGAUCUGCUGCUGAAUCUAGUACUGUAAGUGAUGUAAUGACGGCUCGACAGCACUGUAGCCCACUUGCUGAAAUGAAUCUUUUUUUUCCUUUUUAGAGAAUCGGAAACGUACAGAGCAACAAGCGUAGCCCGAUUCCCGAUAUGGCUCUUACGAGACGGUUCUUUUUAAUGAUUCAAGAACAUACAUUGCACCAAGUGUAGCCCGAUUGCCGAAAUGAAUCACUCUUAUGAGUCAGUACUUUUAAACGAAUCUAAAUGCAGCACAACAAGUGUAGCCUGAUUCCAGAAACGAAUCACUCGUUUGAGUCAGUUCUUUUAAACGAAUCUAAAUACAGAGCAACAAGUGUAGCCCGAUUCCAGAAACGAAUCACUCGUUUGAGUCGGUUCUUUUAAACGAAUCUAAAUGCAGCACAACAAGUGUAGCCCGAUUCCAGAAACGAAUCACUCGUUUGAGUCAGUUCUUUUAAACGAAUCUAAAUGCAGCACAACAAGUGUAGCCUGAUUCCAGAAACGAAUCACUCGUUUGAGUCAGUUCUUUUAAACGAAUCUAAAUACAGAGCAACAAGUGUAGCCCGAUUCCAGAAACGAAUCACUCGUUUGAGUCGGUUCUUUUGAACAAAUCUAUAUACAGCGCAUCAAGUGAAGCCUGAUUCCUGAACUGGCUCUUACGAGGCAUUCAAAUCAAGAACAUGACUCGAAUACGAAUGACUCUAAGUCAUUUUCUUUUAGGGAAUCAUACAUGUAGACCAAUUCUAAUAAAAGUUAAUUAUUUUAGUGAAUUAAAGUACAGUGCACCAGGUGUAGCCCACUUGCUGAAAUAAAUGACUCUUACAAGCCUAUUCAUAAUAGCUAAUCGAAACGUUCUUUGUACAGUGCAUCAAGUUUAGCCUAAUUCCCAAAGUAAAAGUCUGCUCUUUUUAAUAAUUCUAAAUGCAUUAAAAGAAAUGUAGCUGGAUUGCCAGAACAUCUCAUAAAAGAUGGCUCUUUUCAAUAAAUCAAGAAGAUACAGUGCAUCAAAUGUAGCCUAAAACAUGUGUAUGAUUCCCAAAAUGAAUGACUCUUACAGGUUAUUUUCUUUUAGUGAAUCAAAAACAUACUGUGCAUUAAUUGCAGAGCGAACGAUUGAUUCAAACGAAUGAUUCAAACCGGCGCUUUCAGUGAAUCAAAACACAGUUCAGAUGUUUUCCGAAUUUUCAAUUUUCAAUUUUGAAAGAAAUGUUACAACGAGCCUGUUGUUUUCAGCUAAUCAAAAACGUACAUCGUGAGGGCCUGGUUCACGAAAUGACCUUUUUGUAGGGAACGGCUCAAAAAAACGGGACCGAAUCAUCGUAACUGAUUCAAUUCGGUUCAGUUUUUAGAACCUCACUUAAAAAUGUUGAUAGCUGCUUUCAAUUUAACAGCCUGUGCGUUAGCCUAAAUAUACAAAUCAAAACAUUUUACGUAAGCACACACACACACACACACUAACGGAGGACGUUUUAUUUAGCAGUCGAUCACUAAGUGGUCAUUUACUGUUGCCAAGUUGAAUAAGGAGACACGGCCAAUGCUUAACGGUUAGGAAAACAUUCGAUACAUUGAUUGAGAAGUCGUUCGUUUGAUAGAGGCCUAGUCUGAGCCGCAGCUUUAGUCUGAGUGUCAUAUGCGAGUAAAUAUUUGCAAUAAACCGGUUAAUGGCUGCUCUGGCCUUGUGUAACAAAGUUCACAUGUAUUUGCACAAAAGCCUGACAGAUUUGAUGGACUCUACUGCCAUCUGUUUCUAUUAAAAUAACCGCUUAGCAAUCAUUUGCUGAUCUCAGGCGGGGGUUACAUUAAAUGUGCGACGCGAAGGAUUAAACGCUAAUCGGCUGUUAAUCCAAAUUAGCGUGGUGCUUUAAAAAAAAAAGCUGUUACUUUAUAGUCUAUAGAGUUAAUCACCUUUAUGCUAAGGGAAACAAGCCGUGGCACAUUCAUAUUAGGAAUGGAGGAGAUCUGCCAAGACGCUGUUUAUACAGGCAUAAUAGCGUUUUGUAGUGACACACAUAUGCCUUCGACUUUCUAAAUCACAUCUAGAAGCGCGUUUCAUGUUACUGAACCUCAUAUCGCUCAUCGAUCGGUUAUCCAUUCGCAGCGGAGCGCGUGAUUUGAUGCGCGAUCGCACGUUAACGUUUAGCUUUUCGUUCGAGACCAAUAUGUCGCCGAUAGCCGACGUGAUGCGUAACGUGUCACGCAAAUGUCAGAUGCUGCACGAAAAUGCAUCGUGUUACAUUUUUGUAUAACGAGUGCGAGAAAAUGUGCUAGAAGAAAGCUCAAGGGGCUUCGUGCCAUGCAUGUGUUUUGUUUUGUUUCAAUUUGGCGCGAAAUGUAUGGAUUUCUGAACUUUCUAAGCUUCAAUAAAAGUAUGUAUGCGUCUCUAUAACGCAAGAAAACAA